AUGCCGAAUCAUGUGGCGAUAAUAUUGGACGGAAACAGACGUUGGGCGAGUAAGCGAGGACUCGGGGUAUCGGACGGUCACGAAGCCGGAGGGAGAAGACUCGUGGAGAAUGUAGGGCAUAAGGGGAUAAACACUGUCUCAAUCUUUGCUUUCUCCACUGAAAAUUGGGCAAGACCCAAGGAUGAAGUGGACUACUUGAUGUCCCUGUUUGAGAGAAACUUCAAAUAUAAAGUCAAGAUCUCGGUUAUUGGGAACCGGGCAAGAAUCCCCGAGUCGCUUCUAGGUUUGAUACGAGAGGCAGAAGAAGCUACAAAGAGCUAUAAAGAUAAGCAUCUCAUUAUGGCGUUAGACUAUAGUGGAAGGUUUGAUAUCGUACAAGCGUGCAAGAGUUUUGCUGAAAAGGCGAAAAACGGGCUGAUCCAAGUGGAGGAUAUCGACGAAAAGCUGAUGGAUAAAGAGUUGAUGACAAAGUGUAGUGAGUUCCCAAACCCUGACCUAAUGAUCAGAACGAGCGGAGAGCAAAGGAUCAGUAACUUCUUCUUAUGGCAAUCAGCUCACACUGAUCUCUACUUUUCCGAUGUUCUAUGGCCUGACUUCGCCGAGGCUGAAUAUGUCGAGGCCUUGGCUUGGUAUCAGAAAAGGCAGAGGUAG